GGUAACCCGAUGUGGGUUUGUUUUGCAGAUGGACGGAGACAGCUCGACCACGGACGCCUCCCAGCUGGGCAUCGCCGGAGAGUACAUGGCCUCCGGUCACUACGUGCUCCAGUCCCAGGAUGACGACUGCGACGAGAGCCUGAACGACCACGACGACGGCGGCAUCAAGGAGAACUUCAGGGAGCAGGACAUCUACCUCCCCAUCGCCAACGUGGCCCGCAUCAUGAAGAACGCCGUCCCCCAGACCGGGAAGAUCGCGAAGGACGCCAAGGAGUGCGUGCAGGAGUGCGUGAGCGAGUUCAUCAGCUUCAUCACGUCGGAGGCGAGCGAGCGCUGCCACCAGGAGAAGAGGAAGACCAUCAACGGGGAGGACAUCCUGUUCGCCAUGUCCACGCUGGGCUUCGACAUGUACGUGGAGCCGCUGAAGCUUUACCUGCAGAAGUUCAGAGAGGCCAUGAAGGGCGAGAAGGGGAUCCCCGGGGUGUCGGUGGGAGACGGCCUGGGAGACGAGCUCACGGACGACGGCUUCGCCAACCCCCUGCCAGCCGGGAUCAUCACAGCCGACGGGCAGCAGCAGAACGUCAUGGUGUACACCACCUCCUAUCAACAGAUCCCCACCGUGCAGCAGAUCCAGUUCUCAUGACGAGGCCUGACCCCCCCAGUCGGGACCCAGCGGCUCCUCCACCAGGCGCCCGUCGUCGGGGUGACCCUCUGACCCCCCCCACCCUGCCACGGGGUAGAGGGGUAGAGGGGGGGGGUCUGCAGGUCUGCAGAAACCCCCUCAUGUACAGAGAAACCACCACCCGUUCAGUAGAAAGUCUAGUUCCUAGUUGUGCGGUACCGAGAUGUUUCGGGGGUGCGUUCCAAACCAGUUGUGUUAAUGUGUUUGCUUUUAUGGG